AUGCCCGUUUCUAUUUUCCAGAAGAAGGUGUCAGCGGAUUUCAGAAUCCAGCAAGAAUCCGGCAAAACACCAUGUACCAUUAAAAAGCAAGUGUUUUGGUUUGAAGCGAAUGUGAGAAAAGUUAAAAGUUCAGUAAUGAUAUUUGGGGAUGCUGAAGCAAUGGCUGGUGGUGAUAGCGUUGUGGGAUUUGCACUCAACCCAAAGACUGAAAAAGCCUUAAAAGAAUGGAUCCCAGUAAACAGUCGCCUUUUCGCUGUUCGGUUGUCCGGUUCAAUUAAGUUCAAUGCAUUUUGCUGA